GAUCGGAACACGGUGAAUUUCAAAGAAACCGCCGCCCCCGUAGCCACGAUGAACCACAGUGACCCUAGGUCAGUGCAGUGGAAGCAUUACGACGAACCCUACCCACAAUGGAGUGCAGAGGAACGCCGCGAGGCAUGAAACGGAUUGCCCGCUGGUCCUGCGCUCCCGGUUUGAGAAGUGGAAAGUUCCGGUUUCGGUGCUGCUGUGCGGUAACCGUUCUGGCGCUACUCACGUUUUCCUACAUAAUCGUACACCUAGUUAUAACGCAUACGUCCAAAAACAGUUGCCACAAUUGCUACGAAGUGAUAGAUGUAGUUUACACCUGGGUCAACGGAAGUGAUCCUCGAUUUCUGGACGAUCUGGCACUGUACUCGGCGACCCGCGACAAAGCCCGCUACGAUGACAAGAACGAGCUCCGGUACUCACUCCGUUCGCUGGAAAAGUACGCCCCGUGGGUACGCAAUGUUUACAUAGUGACUAACGGCCAGGUACCGUGUUGGUUGAAUCUGGAAAAUUCACGCGUUCGCAUCGUAACGCACAGCGAGAUUGCCGAUGCAGACACGGCACUGCCUACGUUUUCCAGUGCCAGCAUCGAAACGUUCAUACACCGGAUUCCGGGGCUGUCCCGCCAUUUCCUCUAUCUCAACGAUGAUAUCUUUCUCGGUGCCCCACUCUAUCCGGACGAUCUGAUUACGCUCGCGGAAGGGGUGAAAGUGUUCACCGCCUGGAUCGUCCCCGAUUGCGCACCCGACUGCCCUUGGAUGUUCGUCGGCGAUGGAUCCUGUGACCGGGACUGCUUCGUCGAGGACUGCCAGUACGAUGGCGGUGACUGCGAGCAUGCCGACUACGAGGGAGACAUCGACCAUCAGCAUCUGCACGACGUGUAUGGGGAAUCCGCCCCGGAGGGAGUGGAACCGGUCGAGGAGGAGGGUGAGCAGAUGUUUAUCGAUGUACCCAAAAUGUUUCCCAAAACCGGUAGCGUGAGAGCAUCGCUGAACAUACGUGACAUUCACGACAUCUUUCGCGCGAAAGAGGCUAACGGAACUUCGUCCACGCGCCAGCUCGUCGAACGGUUUAAUAAUGAAAAAAUGAACAGUAACAAGUUGAACGUAAAGAAACGAAACGUACGCAAUCACUCACGCCGGAAUGGUGUAGUGGCUGGUCACAAUCGGACGGUGGGUGCGAAUGGGAAGGACGACGCCAAACUACCCUCGCCGGCCGAUUCGACAGUUAACUCGCAGGAUAUCUUUGCGAACUCGCUCAUCCACACGAACCGGGUGUUCAACCGAGCGUACGGGUUUCACAACCGCAAAGUGCUGGCCCACGUUGGUUUCCUACUGAACGUGGACACCGUGGGGCGCAUGUUGGAACGGUUUCGGGAUGAAUUUUUCAUCACCAAACAGCACCGAUUCCGGGCGAACAAUGACAUGCAGUACGCGUUCAGCUACUUUCACUUUCUGAUGAGCGAAUCCAGGAACAAAACAGUCGGAGAGAUCUUCGACGAUUUCGACACGGAUGCAUCGGGUACGUGGUCAGAUCGGGAGAUUCGUACACUGUUAGCGAAGGUGUACAAACUUCCGCUCGAUUGGUCGGCCGUCCGAUACUUCGAGGAGGUCGUCACCAACUGCUCCCUGCAACAGAACAACUUUCUUCCACUGGAACACCAGCAGGAGCAGCGGCAGGUGUAUCCGACCCUGGUAUACGAACGAUACGAGGACUCAACCAUUCCAACCGUCACCAAGUCGCUCGUGGUUGCCUGCAGCGAGCUGGCCGACAUGAUGCGGGCCAACUUUGGCCGGGUGCCCCGCUAUCGCUACCACGUCAGCGCAAAGACCGGUAUCUACAGCAACUUUAAAAUGCUCACCUCCAACAUCACGCAGGUCGUCGAUGCGCUCGACGAACUGCGCAAAACGCCAAAGAAGUUUAACUGCAUCAACGACAACCUGGGCGACGAUCGGCCGGAGGACAAUCAGCUGAUUGCGGCCCUGCUCGAAGACUUCUAUCUCAGCCUCUUCCCGGCUCGGAGCGCCUUCGAGCUGGAGAGCGCCUACCGGAACCGGUUCCAGUACUACGACGACUACCGGUCGUGGUUGCGGCGCAAGACAAUUUUCCGCAACGCAGUGUACCUCGUGUGCGGGGUCAUUUUUCUCAUCUGCGUCCGGAUGCUGUGCUUCCGGCACAAGGGGAAAUUUGCCCGCACGCUGCUGCUGCUCGGCGCGACACGAUCGACUGACUAUUCCAGCAUGUCGUAGGCUGCUCAAUGCUCAAACACGGGCUGUUGCAAUAAACGGUAACAAUUCGGUUUUACG